UCCCCCCGGAGGGGGCCGCGAGCCCCGCGCCCCGGCCCGGGGAUGUGCGCCCCCGCGGGCCGCCCCGCCUGAGCCAUGCUCCCCAGCGGCGGCGCCGCGCCGGCCGGCAUGGAACCCCGCGCGGCCGCGCUCUGACUCGCUCUGCGCCCCGCGGCCGGCGGCGGACCGAGAGCCCGAGACCGGCGCCGCGGGACGGAAGCGAGGGGGCGCGGGCGCCGCGCAGAUGGCCGGGGCGAGCAAGGUCUGAGGCUCCGCUCCCUGAAACGUGACCAUGUGGAUUCAACAGCUUUUAGGACUCAGCUCCAUGUCCAUCCGCUGGCCGGGCUGCCCCCUAGGAAGCCAUGCUUGGAUACUUAUAGCCAUGUUCCAGCUUGCCAUGGAGUUUCCCACGUGUGAGGCCCUGGGCCCGGGCCCCGAGUUCUGGCCUCUGCCACGGCCGCCCCACCGGCCGCCCCGUCUGUGGAGUGUGAGGAGCAGCCAGCCGGCACGGGUGCCCGUUCCCGUGUGGAGCCCCCGGCCACCCCGCAUUGAACACAGCCACGGGCAGAUGCAAAGUCCACGUGCCAAGCGAGUGCACAGACCCAGGGACCAGGUGGCUGCCCUGGUGCCCAAAGCGGGGCUCCCCAAGCCCCCAGCUUCUGCCAAACCCAGCUCCCCCCUGGACUCCCCCACAUCACCAUCAGCGGUGACAGGCAGUGGGGCUGCCACGGACCAACAGGCCCUCCUGAGGAGGGGGAAGAGGCACCUGCAGGGGGCCAGUUUCAACAGCUUUGACUUCCGGGGCGGCAGGCCCACCACUGAGACGGAGUUCAUUGCCUGGGGGCCCACCGGGGAGGAGGAGGCCCCCGAAUCCAACACCUUUCCGGGCGUGUACGGCCCUACCACCGUCUCCAUUUUGCAGACACGGAAGACAACUGUGGCCUCCCCCAUCCCUGCUACAGCCACCACGGCCACCUCCAUGCCACUGCAGACUAAGGGGGUCACCACACCCCUGGGCCCCAGGAAUAGGAUCCCUGUUGGGGUCAGCACAACGGAGCCUUCCACCAGUUCCAGCAGAGACAGUGGCAGAGACACCAAGUCCCCGCCUCGGAUUCUGGGGGAGACCUCAGGCCUGGCUGUCCAUCAGAUCAUCACCAUCACCGUCUCCCUCAUCAUGGUCAUAGCUGCUCUGAUUACAACUCUUGUCUUAAAAAACUGCUGCGCCCAAAGCGGGAGCACGCGCAGGAACAGCCACCCGCGGAAGAUGGCCCAGCAGGAGGAGAGCUGCCAGAACCUGACGGACUUCACCCCCGCCCGGGUGCCCAGCAGUCUGGACAUUUUCACGGCCUACAACGAGACCCUGCAGUGCUCCCACGAGUGCGUGCGGGCAUCCGUGCCCGUGUACACGGACGAGACGCUGCACCCAGCGGGGCAGUACAAACCCACGUUUAACGGGAACCGACCCUCUUCUUCUGAUCGGCAUCUUAUUCCUGUGGCCUUUGUGUCUGAGAAAUGGUUCGAAAUAUCCUGCUGACUGGCCGAAGUCUUUUUUACCUCCUGGGGGCAGGGCAGACGCCGUGUGUCCAUCUUAUGGAUUCCGUUGGUGAACCUGUAAAAAAAUAAAAUUACAAAAACACACAAAACCUAAAACUAGACUAUCUAAGGGGGAGGGUCCCCACACCUGCCACUUCUGUUUGCUGGUGGGGACCUCAACGACCAGGACGCUAUAGGCCAAAUAUAUUUUUAUAAAAAUGCUCACGCCUACGGGGGGCUGCCUUCUCCCAGUGUUCUCUUUGGAGAACGGAAAGAGGACAGACCAGGAGGACCUGGAGGCAGACAGGGACGGAGGCCAAGCAGAAAGGACAGAAGGAUGCACCCGGAGCCUGGGAUUUGUACUACGAUUCUGAAUCUGUGCCAAUAAUACCAUUAUGUGCCAUGUACUGACCCGGAAGAUGUGGGGACAAAGCCGAAGCCAAGCGGACCACGUGUAGAAACCCCGCAGAAGACAGGGGUGGGAGCCUCUUCCGACAGAGUCACUAUUUCUGGUUAAUAUACAUAUAUAUAUAUACAUACAUAUAUAUAUAUAUAUAUAUAUAUAAAUACACACAGACACACACACACACUUAUUUUGUACUGUAGCAAUUUUUGAUGAUCUUCAAUGUUCCUUUUUAAAAAAAAUGUGUUAUCGGUUACAAAAUCUGAUUUAUUUAACAUGCUUAUUAGUACGAACAGAAUAAACUGAUGUUUUCUACUUUGGCAACUCACACACACACACACACACACACACACACACGUCAUGUGCACACACAAACACAUAUGCAUAUAUUGGAAACACAGUUCCACGAGUGAGCAUAUUCUAUCUGGUGACCCUGUACCAUUGCCAUCUUCCCUGGGGACGGCCUGGACCUAUGCAAAGAGAUCCUUAAGGGGCACAUCUUGCAUUUGCUGGGUAUUUAGUGAGUGGCACCAGAUGUGUGAUACACUAUCUUGGGGCAGAAUUAAGAAUGCCAUGGCUUUAUAUACAUACAUAUGUAUACAUAGAUAUAUAUACACUCAUAAAUAUGAUCUUUUUUUCAUGUAAUUGUUUGAAGAAGCUACCUAGCAGCCAUGCGCACCUUUGCGUAGCCGGCUGCUUACAAACGGGCCCGAGUGUCAUACGGGCGAUGUAGGUGGAUUCUCGGGCAUCUUUGUGUUAGACAAGCAUAGACUGAAUUAAAGAAAUUUUCCAGUUCCAAAAAUUAAAGGAAUAUAUCCUUAUAAUGUGUGUGCGUAUGUCAGAGCAGAACUCAGAAAUAUACGAGGACCCCAGUGUGUUUGAAAAGGAGAGAUGAUUCCACGUGUGUGGGACCCAGCCAAGCCCUGGCUGCCCGCCUGUCUUCCCCACGCACCGGUGGGCAGGGGUGGCCUGCUGGUUCUUGAACCCCAGCGUAACUUUGCAGCUUGGUGGCAAAGCCACUCUCUUGUCAGCUCUUGUUGGUCAACAUUUGUGUUUUGCCAUCAAGAAUCCUACUUUGGAGAUUCCCAGUGGAAAUAGUGUCCCUAGACUGGAGUCUUAUUGCAGAGAAUCCUAACCACAUAUCAUUUAAAAUACUGCCAUGUCCUGGGUGGGCAGCUCUGCGCUCCCCACAUUAUAAGGGCAGCCUGGUGCCCUUUUGUUCAUCAGUAGGGGCCUCUGUAGGGGAUGUGAGGGUCCCUCUGAGCCUCUUCCCCACCAGAGGACAUUUCCUCCUUAGGGGGAUCCCAGGUGGGCAUGCGUGGCCUGUCUCCUGUGAAUGGUCCGUGCAGCUUGGAUUUCGCCAGUUGGGUGCCUGAAGCAAUCUAGUGAAAUGCAUGUAGACCAGGUUAAAAGGCUGGGCCAGGCCAUCCUCUGCAGCCCUGGGGUGACCUUCUGGGUGGCUCAGUGAACCUCUUCUUGGCUUUCUGGAUUUUGGAGUCUGUUAGCAGCAUCCCACCAUGGUUGCAUCUCAACCCCCAGGGCCCGGUCUUUACAUUUGCUUCAGCUUUUUUGUCUGCCAGAAAGCAUGUGGACUGGUGGGGCCCCUGCAUCUGCGGCUGCCUCCAUCUCAUCCUUUCAGUGAAUCUGGAACGCCACCAACCUGGGCCCCGCUGGAGCGGCACACCUACCCGUUGCCCGCCCACAGACCCUCAAAGCUUCCAGGCAACUGGCUGGGCUUUGGGGAACCCUGCUGUGCAGUCGAGUCCAUUUCCAGGAUCAUCACAUCUCAUCUUCAUCCACUUGGUGUCAUUUAUUUGGUUGAAAUAAAGGGUGCAAUUACUUUCUUUCACAAGUCCUGAGUGCUAAGGGGAAGACACUCCAGGCACGGCCAGGAAAGCUUCCCCAUCCUUUUCCACGGGGCUCAGAUGUCAGCAGCAUCCCUGACAGCACCGGGCCGGGUGCCCACCGAGUCUUCCUUCCCAGCCCCGGCCCGCUCACGCACAGUGAGGAAAUGUAGGGACCCCUGGGGCACAGUGGAUGGUUCCCUGUGUUCAAAAUUAGCAUCCUUCUUGCGUGGGAAGCAGAGGCCACGUAGGAGGGGAUGCCUCCUCCCAAGGCUUCUGCUCCUUCCCAGUCCUGAGUUUGGGUGUAGUUUUUGUUCUGGGUUCUACUCCCAGAUAUUCAUCUAGUCCUGAGUAAAGCAUUUUAAACUCAGAGACCUGGGUUUACCAGUAAGUCCCACUAACUGUCUGAACUUGACCACCAGGAAUUCAGUAAAUGCUCCAGGGAUCUUGCGGUCUCUGAGCACUGUUUGCACAAAUACGGGGCUCUUUCUCAGCCACAUUUCAACAUCAUCAGACAGAACCUUCCAGAACCAGAUGGGCUUUGGGAAUAUAGUGCAUGGAUGUCCACCACCAGGUGUUGUGUUAGGAAAUGAACUCUUCAGAGCCCCAACCCCCCACCUUGCUUGGCCUUUUGGCAGUUGCCCGUGGAGAGAUCCCCUCUCUUUCGCGGCUUCUCCCAGUUGGCCCAGCACCGUCAGGGGCUCAGGAAGCUGGCCAACCCCAGUCUCUCGGACGAGACAAGGAACCAAGCUCAGGUUCAGGACUGGCACCGGCAGCCCUUUCACGGUCAGGCUGGACCUCCGGGUGGCUUUCAUUUCAAAACGACAUCCAUACACACCUCUUCUUUGUCCCUAUUUUGACAUUGUCACCCACUCAUCAGGGAGGUCUCAGCAUAGUGAGUGCAGGCACUCGGCUGGGCUAUGCCCACCUCCUCCCUGGAGUCGUCCACCAGUCACAGUCAGAGAAGGUGCUGGGGCCUCCUUGAGUUCUGUCGAGAUUCCCAGGCCGCUCUUGUCUCACCAUGCGCAUUUUUUAGGAAAACGCCGCUCCCGAGAGCGUGGUGGCUCACCGCGAUGAGCUGGCCACCCCUCCCUCUGCUUAGUCAACCAGAGCUUGUGAACCUCAUACGGGGAGGAGCAGGACGGACCCAGUCCCG